AUGGCCAUUGCAGAGGCCUCUGUAGAUGUGACCAGCUGCGCUCGCGCACUCAGCAAGGAAUGCACAGAUAGACGAAUGAAAACGAAUCUCUUCCAACUAAGUGAACGAAUUCAGAUGAUCGGCAAUCAGCUAAAGAUUCUCUCUACCGUCAAGGCCACUAUGCUGGGCUCAGAUGAUUCUCCCGAAGACCAGGAAAAUACGGAGGUUCUGGUGGGGAACGCACAAAACUUGAUGCAGGCCGUCAUCGAGACUGUUCGAGUGGCUGAGGGCGCAAGCAUCAAGAUGCGAGUGGACAGCGGUUACAAGAUCCGUUGGAUGCCUCGACCCAUCACCAACGGCGGCCUUAGAUACAUGGCAAAGUGA